AUGAGUUGUCAAGUCUUUUCUUCAGCUGACACCUUCAUCCCUUUGACUUCUGACUCGUCUCCCACUCUGCCUCUGAUAAUGCAUCAUAGUGCUGCAGAGUGUCUACCCGUCUCCAAUCAUGCCACUAAUGUGGUGUCUACAGUUCCCAGCUGUUUGUCUUUGAACCCAACCCCCCUUAAAUGUGCCCAUACAUGCUUUUCCAUGCCAACUAUGGGAAAUAUGCCAUCAGGUCUUCAUUAUUCCGUUCCUUCUUGCCAUUAUGGAAACCAGCAAACCGCAUAUGGGAUGAUGGCAGGUGGUCUCACUCCUUGCCUGUAUAAAUUCCCUGAGCAUGCUCUAAGUGCCACUUCAUGUGCUCUAGGCCACAGCUUUACUUCCAUGCAUCCAUCUCUACUUGGAGCUGAUCCUACAACCACUGAUUUUAAGCAGGAAUUUCGGAAGAAGACCAAGUCACUUGAAGAACCAAUAGAUAUGGAUUCCCCAGAAAUUAGAGAGCUGGAAAAAUUUGCCAAUGAGUUCAAGUUGAGAAGAAUUAAGUUGGGUUAUACACAAACAAAUGUUGGAGAAGCUCUGGCUGCAGUGCAUGGCUCUGAAUUCAGCCAGACAACUAUUUGUCGGUUUGAAAACUUGCAGUUGAGUUUCAAGAAUGCCUGCAAACUAAAAUCAAUAUUAACUAAGUGGUUGGAGGAAGCAGAACAAGUAGGAGCAUUAUACAAUGAAAAAGUUGGUGUGAAUGAACGGAAAAGAAAGCGUAGAACAACCAUAAGUAUUGCUGCUAAAGAAGCUUUGGAAAGCCAUUUUUCAGAACAGAGCAAGCCUUCAUCUCAGGAGAUCAUGAGGAUGGCAGAGGGGCUCAAUCUGGAAAAGGAAGUGGUGAGAGUUUGGUUCUGCAAUCGAAGACAAAGAGAAAAGAGAGUGAAGACAAGUUUACACCAGAACACCUUUAAUUCCAUUAUUAAGGACCAUCAAGAAUGCCAGUAGAAUUCAUUCCACAGACAAAUGGAUUGCUUAACUUUAACUGCAUGAAAAACUUUUUGCCCCACCUCACCAACAAAGAAAACAAAAUAGCACAUUACCUUUAUAAAUGUAUUUAAUAAUGAAAUAAUUUUAAAGUUAUGCACUUCCAUAAGUACCUUUACUUAAAAGAAGGCAUUAGAACUGUAUGCUUCAAAAAUUAUUCAGAAGCGCUUCACACCUCUCUGCUAUUCAUUAAGGUAGCUCCUUUCUCCUCAGGAUUCUACACCAGCCUGAAAAAAAGAGGUCCAGCUGCUUAAGAGCCACAUCAGCUUUAACAUAUCAAGGCUUGUGCAACUUCUAAGCCCUUCUUCAAAACAAUUUGUGAAGGGUCUAUAGCCCUGGAAGACCCGGCAGUCUGUUGCAUUAUCAUUUUAGUGCAGAAAGACGAGAUAUUUGGAAAGCUCAUAGAACAUGCAUUUUUAAAGAUUCCUGGAAACUGUAUUUCCUGCUAUGAAGACUACUUGGCCAUUUUAGUGCCUGCAUUUUUAGUUUUUGCAAGGAGUAAUUCUUGGUGCUGAAAAGGUAAACAUCUCUAACAUCCUUUUAAAAAAUCAAUUAAAUAUAGAAAUCAAAUAUACCAAUAAAAAGCUCUCUGUAUUUUUUACAAACGCUUUUUGCAAAUUAUAUAUUGGUAUUUAAAUAGGAGGCAUUAUGCAGGGUCCUAUUUGGAAUUUUGAGAACCAGUUGUUGGCACAUGGCUACCCUGAGUGUGCAUAUUUCAUUCACAAAAUGGCUAUCACAGUAGCACGGCCAGUCACAAAACAAUCCCACCCUGAUCCCUAACCCCAAAUCAGGUGGAAUCUGUAGCCUGGAUGUGGCAAAAGAGAAUUCCAUAAGCACAUCGAUACCCAUGUUCACUAUGUGAGGACUCCAGCAUUAUAAACAAAACAGGGAACUUCUUUUGCCAAAGGGCUGCAUUUCCCAACUUCAGCUAAACUGUAUGCAGGGCUCAGGGAAAGAGAUGAUGGAGUCUGUAUGCUGUAGUUGUUUAAUCCAAUACUCUAUUAGCACCAUUUAUAUUAAACUGAAUUAGUAAAAUAAACAACAACAAAGUCUUUCUCUCUCCUAUAAGAAUGAGAUUUUGAAGGAGAGGUAGAAAAAUUGCAGAAAUUAAAGAGAUUCCCAAAGCAGGAAGUGAGGGAUGAGAAAAAAAAAUCUGAAAUUGAAAGGUUGCUAAGUUAAAUUCUGCCUCAUACUGGGUGCAUUCUUCCUGUCUACUUCUCCUUUUAGAUGUUCCCUUCCAGAAAUCUGCAAUUACAGUAUAAUUAAUUUUCAAAGAUAAUUUUCAAUAUUUCAGCUGAGGUAGUAUUUUCAAUACUUUCCUACCAGAUGAAUUAUUUAUCCUAGUAACUAAGUUUAUUCUGUUCAGAUUAUUAGAGAUUUUUUUGCAAGCAAAAAGAACCACUUAAGAGAUUUUUAAAAAUUGGAAAUGGGCUAAAAAUUAUUUUUUUCAAAAAUUCAUAUAUUUUUAAUUUAACUAACAUCAAGGAUCCAAAUAUAGGAAAGUACAGAUGAGAUGAUUAACACAAUAUAUCUUUUUUUUUUUUUAAAAAAAGGUCACAUCUAGUUCUCACAUGCCAUACAACACAAUUCUGCACAUGCCUGCACAGAAGUCCCAUUAAGUUUAGGUAUUAGCAUGUAUAAAAUCGCAGUCUAAGUUACUGGCUGAUAAAUGAUUUUAGAUUUUUUUCAGUAAUAACAAAUUAAAUAUAUCAAAUUUAAGUGGUAAUGAGGUCAAAAACCUUUUACUUCAUUUUUACAAAAUGAAAACUUACCCAACCUAAGCACAGUGACACAUACUGAAUAUUUUUGUAGCUAUAAAAUCCAAUUCCAUAAAUACUUGAGAGUGAGUUGACCCUAUGCAUAAUCACAUAAAAUAAUUGCUUCCUUUUAAAACUGAAUCCUAGACUCUCAAUUGCUGCUGACAUUCUAUUUUCAUGUAGUAUAUGGUCAAAUGAUACAGCCAUAGCAGUUAUUUUGUUAUGUCAUUCACUGGCUCUUCAUCCUUUGCACUUACAAGAUCAUUGCCAAUUGUACAAUGCAGUUUGAAAAGAUACAAAAUUUUCUCUUACAACCUGCUGUUCUAUUGCUAUA